GAACUAUCCUUUUAUAUCUUUUUUAGGUGCAGUGCAAUAGUGGAAGAACCCAGUUCUGCAAUGCUCAGGACAACAUCUGUAUGAAAUGGGAGCAGAACAGUUACAUGUGGUCAAUUUGUAACAAGCCCAGAGGGGAGGGAGCAGCAGUCUAAUGAGAUGACGUUAUCAGUGUUGUUGAGAGAAAUCUUGAAGGAGAAAUUCCAGAUAAAGCUCUACUCUGCUUUGUCAGCAGAGACAGCCAAUGUCCCAGGCAGGAAAUGGGAGUUUACAUUGGCCUGACUUUGCUUGGAGAGAACAAGUGGUCUCAAGUGUUCAGAAACUGCAGAGUAGCUGCAGCCGAGCCCCAUCCCCCCACUCAAGAUUCCCUCCCACGGCUGCUCUCCCACUCAGUCAGGGGGAAAACGCCACCAGAACCUCGGCCAGGGCUUGGGGCUCGGGCCUGGGAUACAGGAAGAAGCUGUCAGCCUCUUAUAAACACGAAUGGUCCUGCACCCACGACAAACUUGAGCCUGAGGGAAUGCUUCAGAGCCGCCAUACUGUCUGUGUCAAACUGCCUUCACACGCUAAGUCAAGCAUUUCUCACCACAGGUAUUCUAAACUUCAUUAAAAGCAUCUCUGCAGUUAUAGUGGCUCAGGCCUCUGUUAUGUCUCUCUGUGAUUUUGUCUGUGUCUUAAACCAAAGGCAGUCGCCUCAUUGCCCAGUCAGUAUAUUAGGGUGUACUCACACUAGGCAAUCUGUACCAUGCCCGAGCACGUUUGACCCCCAAAGUCCAGUUCAUUUGACUAGUGUGAUCACUCUGUACCAUGCCUGGGCGUGGUCCCGAGAAGAGGUGGGCUCGGGCAUGGUUCAGUUGACUCGGUACGCAUCUAGUGAGAUCGCUAACCAUGGCCGAGUACGGAAUGACAUCAAUGAUGCAACUGGGCAAAGGGAUUACUUUGGUCUACGGCAUAGGUGCAGUGUUUACUGGAAAUUUGGGCAGACGAGAGUAUACAGGAUCAACUGGAUACAACACACAAAAACACACAAGAACGACUAUCUUCAUGCUUGUGGAUACCAAAGAACCAUUGAGCAAUGACAUGACAAGCUGAAAAAACUGCGGGUUCAGUAUCUGAAGGUACGGAAUGCAAUCUGGCAGCUCGUCGGACGAAAAGGAUAAAUUCCAAUGGUACAAUGCUGUCAAUAAUUAGGCAUGUGAGAGGGCCACGUGUCACCGUGCCUCAAACGACUCAAAAUAAGCCACAAAGUAAUUA